AUUUCCGCCUACGGCUUUCUCCUAUUUGGGCCCUCCUCGGCUUCCGUCCCAGAUGAUCCCUCUGCUAGGCUGCCGCCGCCUCCUCCUCCCGGAGCUGGAGCCACCUCCUCGGCCAGUGGCGUAGCCGGGCUCUGUGUCGGGGCCAGUUAGGUAGGGCCGGAGGUCUGGAGCCCGGUCUCGACCCGAGCGGGGGGCCAUGGAGAAAGCGGCCCGAGGCGCUCUCGACACCGACUAACGCGGGCCCGUUGCGGCUGCAGGCGCCAUGGACCGAGCCCCCGCAGACCAGAAUGUCAAGCUGUCAGCUGAGGUAGAACCAUUUAUUCCCCAGAAGAAGAAUCCGGAUACAUUUAUGAUCCCUAUGGCACUCCCAAAUGAUAACGGCAGUGUUUCUGGUGUAGAACCAACUCCAAUUCCCAGCUACCUGAUUACUUGUUAUCCAUUUGUUCAGGAAAACCAGUCCAAUAGACAGUUUCCAUUAUAUAACAAUGAUAUACGAUGGCAACAGCCUAAUCCAAACCCUGCGGGACCAUACCUUGCUUACCCCAUUAUAUCUGCUCAGCCACCUGUUUCUACAGAGUAUACAUAUUAUCAGCUGAUGCCAGCACCAUGUGCCCAAGUUAUGGGUUUCUAUCAUCCUUUUCCUGCACCUUACUCCAACACUUUUCAGGCUGCAAAUACUGUCAAUACUAUAACUGCAGAAUGCACUGAGCGUCCAAAUCAGCUUGGACAGGUCUUCCCGUUAUCUGGUCAUCGAAACAGAAACAGUAAUAGAGGUCCAGUGGUACCAAAACAACAGCUUUUACAACAGCACAUAAAAAGCAAAAGGCCACUGGUGAAAAAUGUAGCUACUCAGAAAGAGACAAAUGCAGCAGGUCCUGAUAAUCGAUCAAAAAUUGUGCUACUGGUAGACGCUUCACAGCAAACUGAUUUCCCAUCAGACAUCGCUAACAAAUCUCUCUCAGAGAGCUCUGCCACGAUGCUCUGGAAGGCCAAAGGCAGGAGGAGAAGAGCUUCCCACCCUACUGCUGAAUCCUCUAGUGAGCAGGGGGCUAGUGAAGCUGACAUUGACAGUGAUAGUGGCUACUGCAGUCCCAAACACAGCAACAACCAACCUGCAGCUGGGGCUUUGAGAAAUCCUGAUUCUAGCACCAUCAGUCAUGUGGAAUCAUCUAUAUGUGCAGGUGGUGUAAAUUGGUCCAGUGUAACUUGCCAGGCAACUCAGAAAAAACCUUGGAUGGAAAAAAAUCAGACAUUUUCUAGAGGUGGAAGGCAGGCUGAACAAAGAAAUAAUUCACAGGUUGGAUUCAGAUGCCGGGGACAUAGUACUUCCUUAGAAAGAAGACAGAAUUUGCAAAAGAGACAAGAUAAUAAGCAGUUAAACCCCAGUCAGUGUCAUAGAGGCGACCCAAAUUCCGAGUCUUUAUAUUUUGAGGAUGAAGAUGGAUUUCGAGAACUAAAUGAGAAUGGAAGUGCUAAAGAUGAGAAUGUUCAACAGAAACUUUCUUCAAAAGUAUUGGAUGAUUUACCUGAGAACUCACCAAUCAAUAUAGUUCAGACACCAAUUCCCAUUACAACCUCAGUUCCUAAACGUGCAAAAAGUCAAAAGAAGAAAGCUUUAGCAGCAGCCCUUGCCACAGCUCAAGAAUAUUCAGAAAUAAGUAUGGAGCAAAAAAAACUACAGGAAGCUUUAUCAAAGGCAGCUGGGAAAAAGAAUAAGACACCUGUACAACUAGAUUUGGGGGACAUGUUAGCAGCUCUGGAAAAACAACAACAAGCCAUGAAAGCACGGCAAAUUACUAAUACCAGACCUCUGUCAUAUACAGUGGUCACUGCAGCUUCUUUUCACACUAAAGACUCUACUAACAGAAAACCAUUAACCAAAGGUCAGCCCUGUUUGACAUCCUUUAAUUCUUUGGACAUUACUUCCUCUAAAGCGAAAAAAGGAAAAGAAAAGGAAAUUGCAAAACUAAAACGGCCCACAGCACUUAAAAAGGUUAUUUUGAAAGAAAGAGAGGAAAAGAAGGGCCGUUUAACUGUGGACCAUAAUCUUUUGGGAUCUGAGGAACCAAUAGAAAUGCGCUUAGAUUUUAUUGAUGAUUUGCCGCAGGAGAUUGUUUCCCAAGAAGAUGCUGGACUGAGCAUGCCCAGUGAUGCAUCCCUCUCUCCAGCAAGUCAGAACUCUCCGUACUGUAUGACACCUGUGUCACAAGGCUCUCCGGCUAGUUCUGGGAUAGGCAGUCCAAUGGCAUCUUCGACAAUAACGAAAAUCCACAGCAAAAGAUUUAGAGAGUACUGUAAUCAGGUUCUUUGUAAAGAGAUUGAUGAAUGUGUGACUCUUCUUCUUCAAGAGCUUGUCAGCUUCCAGGAACGCAUCUACCAAAAGGAUCCUGUAAGAGCAAAAGCGAGGAGACGGCUGGUCAUGGGUCUAAGAGAGGUUACGAAACAUAUGAAGUUAAACAAGAUCAAAUGUGUUAUAAUUUCUCCAAAUUGUGAAAAAAUCCAGUCCAAAGGUGGCCUGGAUGAGGCUCUCUAUAAUGUUAUAGCCAUGGCACGGGAACAAGAAAUUCCUUUUGUGUUUGCCCUUGGAAGAAAAGCUCUAGGACGCUGUGUGAACAAGCUGGUUCCUGUUAGUGUGGUGGGAAUCUUCAACUACUUUGGUGCUGAGAGCCUGUUUAAUAAGUUAGUAGAACUCACUGAAGAAGCCAGGAAAGCAUAUAAAGAUAUGGUUGCAGCAAUGGAACAGGAGCAAGCUGAGGAAGCCUUGAAGAACGUGAAAAAGGUGCCACACCACAUGGGGCAUUCUCGGAAUCCCUCUGCAGCAAGCGCCAUUUCUUUCUGCAGUGUUAUUUCUGAACCCAUCUCUGAAGUAAAUGAAAAGGAAUAUGAAACAAAUUGGAGAAACAUGGUGGAAACUUCGGAUGCAUUGGAAACAUCAGAAAAUGAGAGAGAAGUUUCUUGUAAGCACAGCACAUCUGAAAAGCCCAGUAAACUUGCAUUUGACACAGCCCCUGUUGGUAAGCAGCCAUCAUCAGUGGCUGCAGGCAUUACUACCUCAGCUACAAACCCUGGAAAACCAACAGUGAGUGAUAAAGAGGACGUGAAGCCAGAUGACCUGGAAUGGGCCUCACAGCAGAGUACAGAGACCGGCUCUUUGGAUGGCAGUGGCCGGGAUCUUUUGAAUUCCUCCAUCACCAGCACCACCAGCACUCUUGUACCUGGCAUGCUGGAAGAAGAGGAUGAUGAAGACGAGGAGGAGGAGGAAGAUUAUACUCAUGAACCCAUAUCUGUAGAAGUGCAGCUCAAUAGUAGAAUUGAGUCUUGGGUCUCUGAGACUCAGAGAACGAUGGAAACUCUUCAGCUUGGAAAAACCCUUAAUGGUUCUGAGGAAGACAAUGCAGAGCAAAGUGGGGAAGAGGAAGCAGAGGCUGUUGAGGUGCUAGAGCCAGGGAUGGAUAGCGAGGCCUGGACUACUGACCAUCAGGCAAGUCAGGAACAGCAGAAGCCCAGCAACUGCAGCUCGCUGAGCAAGGAGCACUCUGAUUCUAAUUAUACGCCCCCAAAUCUAUAACUCAGGAAAUGUCAGCUAUAUCUAUCUCCAACUAUGUAAGGGUUGCAGCCAUUAUCUUUCAUGCUUCAUCUCAACAUUUUGCACUGUCCAGUAUUUAAUAUAUGUACUUAAUUCCUGACAGUUAUUUUUGUAGCUGUCUUUCACUUGUUUUGUUAUGAUCCAUAGCUUAGCUUUUAAUUAGCAUCUAAGUGUCUUUCUAAGAACUGUACGGAAAAUUCAGAAUUGUUUCAGCUUAUUUUGUUACGGAAAAUAACGAUUAAAAAAGAAGACCAGAUUUUAAAGAAAGUAAAUUUAAAAUGCCUAUUUAGUCAUUUUGAAAGUUAAAGGUUAAGGUUCUAAGGAAAGGAGCAGUUACCAGUGUUUGCUUCAAGACUAUACAUCCUAUACUCUAAUUUGUCUGACCAAAAAGUUGUUUGGGCUUCUUUAGAAAAGAACUGGAGGUAGAGUUAGAAAACUAAAAAAAUGGCUGAGGGUAACUAAGUCUGCAAAGUGUUUUGUAUUAAAAAUGGAUGCACCUUUUAUUUAGUCCACAAAUGCUUAUUUCAGAAGUCACUGAUCAUGGUAAUUGAUUAAAGUUGGGACGGGCUAAGACAGAGCCUCCAAUACUUAGGCUAGCAAAGGAGCCACCAUGGUAGAUUAGAGCUGGCCUUAUUUGUGGAAAGUUAGGUAUGUUUGUCUUUAAUAGUGAGAAGUCACCCAUGAUAAGACAUUCUGGGUUCUGUUUCACAUUUGCUUCUUACUUACCUCAGGAAUGCUCUUGUACAUAGUCGUAUUUGCAUAAAAUUAGGCAAAUUUUGACAGAUGAAUAAUUGUAACCGGUUGUAUGACUGCAGCACUUAAUUGUAAACUAUCCAGAAGCAGAGUCUUAUACUGGUGUGUUCUCUUGCAUACUUCUGAUUUGGGAUUCUCUGGACUUAAAAUAUGGAUCUGAUUGGGUAUUCAUACUUUGUCCUGAGUGGAAAACCGUUGCACCUUUUAAGAAAAAUAUUUUGUCCCUAACCUUGAGCACCUGCCAGGUAACACUAACCACAGUUACUGACGGGAGUCAGGGAAAGGAACUUUAUGCAAUUGUAACAUGUAUCCUGAUAAUCAAGGUUUGGAAGAGGAAGUUUUGAAGAAAAGAGAAAGUUCUAAUUGUGCUGAAACUAUUAGAUGAUUUUAGAGUGUGGAGAUAGGCACAGGUAUUGAUUCUUGAUCACUGUUAUUUAUCUCUACCCUUCUCCUGGAAUGUUUAUACCUCCUUGGGUGAAGUUAAAGUUACUGAGCUAAAUGUUUUGCUAGUCAGUCACCACCUGAUAGUGACCUCUGCAAGUUUAUAAUGGUGGGAGAAUUACAAAUUACCUAUUUUUCUGUCUUCCCUCCAACCACCCACCACCUCCAGUUAACCAACACACGUGUCUGCGUGUACACACACACACACACACAUGCAUGCCAGCUUUACACUUCCAACUCCGAUAAGCAGGCACAGAACUGAAGAGGGAGGGAUAUUUUCCCUGCCCAGGUUUUAUGGGGCAGAGCUUUGCCUCACAGAGGUGAGAGGGAAGAAUUGGUCAGAUUCUUUACUGAAUGCAUUGGGACUACUGUUCUAGUAUUGAUGUAUUUAUUGAUAAUCCCAACAUUAAUUACUGGAGAGACCAGAUUCUUGGUUGAUGACUUAGUUAUUUGUGAAUUGUGAAAGUUUUGGAGCAUUGCUGUGUAGGAAAUGUCAAGUCUAUCAACUUUAUUAGCGUGCUAAAAGGGGACGUUAUUGUACUGUCCUGUCUAAACUGUUCUUCAGUAUAGACUUCUUAGGCACAAAGUAUCCAGUACUUAAAGGUAUGUAGCAUGUAAGGAAUGAAGCCUCUGAAAUAGUAAUCACGGAUUUAUAUGUGGCAGAUCCUACUGUCUCUGUACAUUUGGAAGUGUUAGUUGGUUUAAAGAAAUGAUAGAGGUUUUGAACUACUGACAAUCUUAAAAGUAUAUUGAAAAAUUUUGUAUACUUUUUAAUGGUGUAAAUUUCCUUUGCUUGGUGUCAGUGAUUCAGAUAACUCUUGAUCUUAAGGUAAUGAGUGGCUUUUCAAAGGUUUCUUAUAUUUUAUAUCUCUACUGAAUGAGAAUUGUCAUUUUAGAUUUUUUGACAUUUGUAUCAAAAGGGAAGUUGAAGAAAUCUUCAGAACACCAGUAACUUUGAAUUUUGCUAUAGACUUCAGAAAUGUUCAGUUAUGUGUUUGAUAAACGCUCUUGCACAUGCAGUAUCUUCUGCCAGCAAACCCAAGGGACCAUGGCCUUUUUUAUAUGAGACAGGUCACCUCUAGAGGACAACCCAAAAUUUAUUAAAGGAAAUGCUACUGUGUAGAACGUAUGCUUAAAUAAGUAUUGAUAAUGUCUUUAUAAUUCGUUUCCUUUUGAUAAAUUCUGGAAUUUGUGUAUAUUAUAUGCAGGCAUAGGUGUGAAAAUUACGAAAGUGUUUUUUGGAUCUGGGGUGAGUAGCUCUUUGGAGAUCUAGAGAGAUCUAAUGCUAAGAAUAAAGGUUCAUCAUCACAAGAAAUAAAAACCAUAGUGAUUUUCUUCUUCAUGUGUAGAGGUGGUUUUAGUGGCAAUAAUUAAUAUUAGAUUUCUAUUUCAAUGCAUAAAUAAUUACAAUAUGAAUUGCACUCCCAAAACUAGAUUUCUGCUUCAGUAGGUUUGUUUGCUGUGAAGAUUACUUCUCAAAAGAUAAUGUUCAUAUUAGCUUAACUUUUGGUUUAAAUAUGUUUGUAAAUGUUGUAAUAUAUUUCUUUUGACUAAACGUGGGAAAAAAUGUGUUAUACAUUGAAAAGUUUUUAAAGGCUCUGACUGGACGUCAUUUUUGCAGAGAUGGUAUUUUAUAUGCUUCCAGUAUUUGGAAAAGAAUUAGUCAAAAGGAAUUCACAUAGUUCAAAUAUUGAGAAAUUAAUAUCCAAAUAAUGUAAUUGUCUGAUUUCUUAAUAAGCUGGGGGAGGUGGGUGGGUUGGGGAUUACAGUGUGCAAAUGAGUAGUGAGCUCCACAUUCACUUUUCAACUCUUUAGCACAAAACUGUUCAAUCCUAACACAUUGUUACUUUAAUAUAUAUAUAUAAAGAAGUAUUACUGUUUGUAAAGCUGCUGUUUGCUUAAAAAAAAAAGACCUGUCAUUUAAGUAUUUUCUGUAUGUUGUGUCAACAAAGUAGAACAUUAACUUAUCCAUUUAAACACUUUAUCUUUUUUUGACUUAAAAUUUUUUCUGUGAAAUAAUAUAUCUUCUUCCUCCCUUGUUCCUUCCAACCUUUACACACAUCACAGAAUCAGCCAGACUGUUUGCCUAAUCUGAAAUCUGAAUUCUAAUUAAUGAUAAAAAUUUAAACUUUGUUGGCACAUCACACCUUAAGAGGAUUUGUAUUAUUUUGUAAUUUAAUUUCUAAAUAUACCACAUGAAUUUAUAAUUUACUGUCUUAAUCGUAAUGCUCUAAUUAAAAACUAGCAGAGUUAGUGUGAAUUAUAACAUGAAGGGAUUUUCAUCUUGAUAGGUCUUUUGCUGUAUGAAGGAUGAUUGCUAUAUCACAUUAUAGGGGUAAUAACAGCUUUUUUGCACUAUGUAAAUACUAGUGGAAAUUCUUCUGUAACUAAUAAAAUGAUUAUUGAAAUG